AUGUAAAAAAUCAAAUUACUCGUUAUCCUUGCUUUGGCAGCCACCUUAGCAACAAUUAUGUAUUAAUAUGCACCCUUGGAAUAAUAUUAUAACUUAAGAAGACUGUCUCAUGAAACAUACUCAAAAGAUGAAGCCAAUUAUGAAUUCUGUACCAACUUGUGCACAACCAAAGGAGGAGUUAAUUGUGGUGGAAAAAGAAAGGGUUGUUGUAAUCCUAGCUCUUGUAAAGCUAACAAAAUUUAUGGAUGGGAGGAAUGCGAUAAGGGUUAAUCUGUAAAACUUGGUACCGAUAGAUGCAUAGGUAGUUGGGAUUGAGUUAAGACACAAAUUUAAUAAUAAAUAUAUCCAAAACUUUAUAAAUUUUC